AUGGCAAAGUCUGGUAAAGGGAAAAAAAAUAAAUCCAAAAACAAGGGCAAAAAUCCCAAUUCAAAGUCCAACGCUAAAAAUACUGCUGCUACCGACAGUGCUUUGGAAAAAUCAUCUAACAACCAGGAAUUGAUAGAUAAGGAACAACAAGGUUUACAAUUUGCCUCUGAUUGUAAUGAUGCUAGCGAAGAUGGUGCCGUAAGCAAAACUUUACAAUUGCAUUCAGAAACUGAAGAUGAUGCCCGUAGAGAUGACGACAGCAGAGCAAAAAACGAUACUGUAUCAAACACAGUUAAUAGUGAUGUUAUAAGUGGCGAUUCUGAGCUGUACCCAGAGUUGCAAGUCCAAUCCAACAGUGCUGAUAACGAAAACAUGAAAAUUCUCGAGAUUGUUCCAAGCAUAGACAAUGAAUCUACCAAAGUCAAUCCGAAUGUUGAAGUGGCGCUAUCUGAACUUGAAAAGGAAAAAAUAAAUGACAAUAUCUCCGAAGCUGAAGUGUCUGUUGUUCAAACUUCUCCAGACGAGAUUGCUGCAGACUUCAGUUCCAAUGUAUCAAAACUCGACCAUGCAGAAAUAAAUAAUGAAAACACUAAACAUGAACCAGAUCUCAACGGAGUUAUCAGUGAAACAACAACUACUCAAGGAUCGAAUGAAAACCGUACAACUAUUGAUGCUGUUGCUGUUGAAAAUAAAAACGCUGAAAACAUAUUACAUAAAACAAACCAAGAAGCAUGUGAAACUCAUUCUGAUGCCACUGAACCUAACAUGCAGUUGAACUCCAAUGUUGACUCAAUGUCUUGGGAACAAGCUGAUAUUGAUUCUGUUACCGAUACCAUCAAUGAAGUCAGUAACGGUGAAGAUUCGAAGGGAAACCAUAUGUCACAACAAGCGGAGGUAAAAGAAGUGCAACAUGUAGCAGAACAGACCGUGAAUAAAGCUCACGAUGUUUCAGAUAUAUUUGGUAAUCAACCAAGCUCUCACGAUGAGAUUAUGCCAUGGGAUCAUACAGCUCCCCAAGACUUGAUGCCAUGGGAGCAGGAGACUAACGAAAACGGAGUAAAUCUAACUGAGAGUGUGCACGAUGGUAACCAAUGUAGCGCUACUUUAAAAUUAGGAAAAGGAGACGAAACAACGGUAAUUAUUGAUAAAGAAGAUACAUUUUACUCCAAAAAUAAUGCAUCAAAUGUUUUAGGAGCUGUUGGACUUCAUCAGAAUUCCAACGCAGUUUCUGAAUGCUUGCCAGAUUCUUCAACUGAGUUUAAAGACAAAACCGACAAAGGUACUAUUUGUGAUAGAACUCCAAAAAGUGGCAACGAGGAUUCCAAGUUUGCAUUUCUAGAAGAGGAUGAUUUAACUGAGGUUCCAAACAAAGCUGAAGUGGCUUUGGAUGGUGCAGCAAACAGUUCUGCAGAGGGGAAACUAGAUAAGUUUGAAUUUUUAGAGGAAGAUGAUGAGCUAUUAUUAGAUGAUAUAAUGGACGACGAUUUGUUAGAGGCGGAGGAGCCAGCUACUAAUAGCGCUGAUUUGACCAACAAUACAGUAGUUAUUACUGAGGAUAUCACCCAAAAGGCUACAAAAUAUUUACCUGAACACUCACAACCUUCUAUUCCUACGUUGAGCCAUUCUACGUAUACUCCUAACAUGGCUACUUACUCACAAUUUAGUAACCCUCAUCAGAGCUUAGCUCAUGAAUUGAAUGAAGAAAAAAAGAGGUCUGAUGCUUAUGAUUUUCCUCAGGAUUUGCUUAAGAAAAGCCUCCCUAAGCCAGCUAAGGAAGUCAAGCAGAAUGUUUACACCCAAAUUGAAUCAUCUCUACUUGCUCAAAAAUCCAAUCCAUUUCAUCCUCCUUCUUCUGCUUCUAUUUCUCUUGGAGAAAGAAUUGCUUCCGGUGGAUCAGAUGGAUAUACGACAUCAUCACUUCCACCACUGCCAAUUGCACGUCAAGGUUCAAGAUAUUCCUCUCAAAUGAGUUCUCCACAGAAUAGUAAUUCCAAAUUAAACUCACCCCAGAACAAGUUUGCACCUACAGUUUCUUCAAGUUCUUCUUCGAAAAACUUUUUUGAAGAACUUCCUCUACCAAAGAUUGAAAGGAAAAAGGUAAAGAAUCCUUAUGCUAAUAUUGAGCUUUCCAACAAUUCUCGGAUGUCUCAGGAGAUACCUUCUCAGCAGCCGAACGUCAAAUCUGCGUCAUCGCUAUAUAUCAAUAAACAGGCCAAUCCAUAUGCUCCUUCCCCGCUCCAAGAUCAACAUAAUUUGCCAACUGCAGCACCUAACAUAAAGUAUCAAGUACCUCAAAACUCUACAGCAAUACCUUCGAACAACCUUCCCCCUCUAAAGAAAACAUCAAAUCCAUAUGCACCCGCUGCAGCUGGUGGCCAUAUUAGGCAAUUAUCCACCACAACACCUGCUGAUCUGGAAAAUAUAAAGCCUAAUAUCAUUCCAGUUCCUAUGAAGUCUCCUCUAAGUCUUAGUAAUUCACAGCCAGGCAUAAACUCACCUAUAACCAGCAACGUCCCAAAUACUGGUUACAACCAGUUUCAUAAUCCACACAGGAAUGUUUCCAAUAGAUACGCACCUCCAUUAGCACAAGAACCAAUCAAUGAACAACUUUCUCAACAACAAUUUCACCAUCAGACCACGGCGCCUUCGGGCGAGAGUCAGGUGCUAACCCAGCAAAGUCACAAAAGAGCAAAUUCUUUUGGUAGGCCUAGAAACAAUUCAAGAAAUAGGGUUUCGGUAUCGUCUAUUAACGAAGUUUAUGGAUCCAAUAUAGUAACUAGUAAUGCUACUUCUACAGGAAAAAGAAAAACCAUGACCUUGCCCCCAAAUUCAGUUAAGGGUAAAAACUACAUGCAACCCAGUAGCUCUUUUACACCUGCACCUACUGUUAUUAAUCCUGAAAACCUAGUGAGGAGACAAUGGCCGCUAUUUUGCUUUUCAGCAGAAGGUAAAGCCGUAUCCAUGAUACCAAAAUUCGAUGGCUACGGUCAUAUAAACUGUAAUAUCAAAGUUUUGGAUAUUGGGUCACAUUUGAAACUGAAUCCUUUAGAUCGGUCUUUUCCAGGCCCUCUCAACAAAUCCAAGACAAAGAAGAAAGAUGUUAUCAAGUGGUUAGAUGAGAAAAUUAGCUCUAAUUUUGAGGAUGUUGAGGCUUUGAUUUGGAAAUGUUUGAAGGCCAUGGUUGAAAUGAUCGAAAAGCCUGGAGAUUUUACGAAUGAAGCUUAUGUUAAACGUAUUUCAUCAAUUCUUAAUCCGGAUUUGAACGUCAGCUCCGGCAUGAAUAAUACGUUUGACAUUAUCGAAUUAACAAGAACUGUGCAAUCAUUUGCUCCAAACAAACCCUGUAACGCAUUUUCUUUGGACAAUUCGGGUUUAUCAGCAAUACAUGGUAUGCUCAAAGUUGGAGAUAAGAAAUCCGCACUGCAGUAUGCUAUUGCAGAAGGUGAUUGGACUAUUGCACUUCUAGUAGCUAAUUUAAUGGGUCCUAUAGCAUUUGCGCAAACCAUUAAGUUAUAUUCCACCACACAUUUCCCAAGCAAUCCAUUGGGCGACGAUUUAAGUUUUUUUGUUCAAUCUGCAUCCAAAGAUGGGUUUAGUCCCGAGCAAAUGAAAGGCAAAGAGAAAUGGUUGAUUGAUAAUUUCAAGAUUGUCAUUCCAUUUAUUAUAAUGGAUAACGUGGAAUAUGGUCCAAUACUCUUGCAACUUGGUGAGAACUUGGUUGCAUCUGGUUUUAAAGCAUAUGGGAAACUAGCGUUGAUCCUAUCCGGAUUACCAUUGAUUCCUAAGUCAUUAUCCAACCUUCAUUUAUCAUUCUCUGAUAUGGUCUGUGAAGAAAUCUAUGAAUAUAUUCUAUUGUCGUCAGGAAACGUUCCACCCAAUUUUGCACAAGGAUUUGCCCAUCUGAUUCCAGUGAAAAUUCAUCAUGCCAGUUAUCUUGCAGACAUUGGUUCCUUUAUGGAAGCCAAAAGGUAUGUAGACACAACUCAAGUCUUGAUUAACUCUAAGCAAUUUUUCUGUGAGCCUGCUACAAUAGUUGCUCAGAAUGCUUUGAAUGGAAGACUUGCUCAGGUUGGUACCGGAUGGUUGAGCUCGAAAUUAAGUCGUCCUCAACUGGAUAGAGUUUGGACAACAUUAGAUAAAUCGUUUAACAAAUUCGUUUCUGGUGAGGACGUACCACCACCAACAGUACAGCAAGAUGGUGUAUUUUCUAAGUUUACAUCUCCUGCUACUUUAUCAAGGGCAGCGUCUACGUUGGAUUUGAGCGAUGUGAAAAAUAGUAUGACAAACAUACCAAAUAACAUCACAAGCAGCCCAGCAUAUUUACCUGGAAUGAAUCGUACACCAACAGAGCAUGGAAGUGUUUUAUAUGGUGCCCCUGCGAACACGUCAAUCAGAAAUGCUUAUGCUCCACCUUCAAAGUAUACAGAGACUGUAAGACUUCUAGAUGAAACAUAUGAUACUGUUUCUAAUUCUGCUAUACCACAAUCAACAACUAAUUACAACAAUACUGAGAUAUCUGAAACAUUAGCAAAAGCAACACAAUGUGGCAAAAUCAUCAAUGAGCUCGAAGCUAAUCCGUAUGCACCACCGCCAAGAAAGCAUAGUAAUCAUGAUCUUGGCGAAUCUUAUUCGAUGCUCCAAAAAGCUGAGUAUACACCGCCUAAUAAGGGUAUGCUCUCCAAAAAAGCUAGUAGAUCUCCAUACAAUCCAUAUGAGCCACAAAUCGAAUCGUUCGUUGACCAGGUGCCGUCUGGUGCUACUCAGUCAAUUACAGAACAUUUAAAUAGAGCUCAUCCUGCCAGUUCAAUUUCAUCAAGUAGUGGAAACAGAAACCUUGAGAGCCCACCUGUUCCUUCUAUCCCUAUCCAAAAGAAGUACACUUUUCCACCUCAAUCAGCUGCGAUUACAGAUCAAAAGCAGCUUUCGCAUGUGAGUGCUACAUUUAGACAAGAAGCUUCUGAUUUACCUCCGUUAAGUGGGUCUAUCACCGUUGCAGAAACUGCAAUAUCUACAGAUCUAUCAGAGAAUUUAUCAUUGGAUAAGGUAGUGUCAAGCGGGAAUAUGGCUGAUAUUUACGAUAACAAAUUGCAAGCUGACAAAUUAAGAUCAGAAAGCCAAGCUUUUAUUGAGCCUGUCCUUGCCGUAAAUGAAGAGCGCAAUGGGGUUUCUAUUGUUCGUAGAGGGAGUCAGAACUCUGUCGAGGCGCUCAAUAUGGAUCCAGUAGAGCAUAUGUUAGAAGAUGAUCACAAACAAGAUAUGGUAGAUGGCAGGCCUGAUCCAGUUGGAGAUAUUAUUGACAAUGGUCAUGAUGAUAACUCCAAAGCUAAACCUGAAAAUGAGAAUGAUGAACAGGCGGCCGAUCACCUUUCUUUUAAUAGAGUAAAACCAGAAAACACUGCUGUUUCGGAGACAGCAUCUGGGUCAUCUAUGCUUCCAGUUUCAGGCGGCGAUAAUAAAGAAACGUACCAGAAUCAUGAAUUCAGCGAAGCUAUUAAUUCUGAAACAAAUAUAAGUGAUUCUAUCAUUAAUGCAAAGUCGAACACAACAGGAAAUGAUAUUGGACACGAAUCUUUAGUUGAAGCACACGAUGCUACAGAAUCAGAUACUAAGAAUGAAGACUCUCUUGAUGAAGCUCCAAAAGUUACACCUGAUGAAAAAGUUGAGGAUAUGACACAAAAGCCAAUUGAUGCUUUGGUUCAUCCCUCCACACCAAAGGAUAUUGCACCGAGAAGAGCUACGAUCAACAGGUAUGGACCACCUGGAAACUCAACUAAUCCAAGAAAGAAGCCAGUGAACCCAUAUGCAUCUGCAUAUACACCAAAGACACAUUCUCAUAAGUCCACGUAUGCCCCACCAGCUGAAACGGCUUCUCAGGAGCUUAAAGCAACGGCAUCUCUUGAUACUGGUAUACCUUCGGACUUGAGCGGAUUCGACAUGUUUUCUUAUGGAGGCUAUACGAUUCCUAAGCCAACUGCACCACAACCGGAUUCCCCUAACAAGACAGAGAAUGGUGAGGGGGAAAAAAUGGGAAUUAGUGAAACAUCAAUCGAUACAGAGAAUGCUACAACUGAUAGCGCAUUAAACGAUGGAAUAAAUGAUGUUUCGGCAGUAUCGGAGGAGUCUAGCUUUGUACCAACUUAUAAUCCACCCAAACAAACUGGAAUGAGAAGCAGGUUAGAAACAUCUACACAUCAAAAUAAUCUAACAGAUAUCUUUGUUGAGCCAUCUCCAUUUGGUAAGAGAAAACUCUCUAUACCUGCAUCCCCCAUCCAUAUGUUUACUGAAGAAAAGAGGUACGUAGCAGAAGAUACAGGUGUAUAUUAUGACGACGUCAUAGAGGAUUCUGAUGAAGAAGCAGAUGUGAAACAAAAGAGAGAGGAGGAGGAGGAAAAAAUGAAGAAGGAGGCAGAAGAGAAGGCUAGAAAGGAAAAGGAGGAAGAGGACCUCAAAAGAAAAAAAGAACAAGAGUCAAAGAAAACCGGUAAUAAUAAGGGAGAAUCUGGUUGGUUUAGUUGGCUGGGUAAAAAGAGUGACAAACCCAAACCAAUAAAGGCUAAAUUGGGUGAAGAAAACUCAUUCUACUAUGACGAAAAACUAAAAAGAUGGAUUAACAAAAAGGCCCCAUUGGAUGAGCAGCUUGAGGCAAGUAAACCACCUCCACCGCCAAUGAAGAAAAACGCAGUUACCAAUCCAUCAACGCCUCUUACGCCAAAACCAAAGCAUGGGUCUUCAUCUUUGACUGCCACAAGUGCAUCAAGCCCAUCACCUGAUAUAUAUGCACCUACACCAGUCAAAAAGGGAGAUGAUAUUGACAGUUUGCUGAAAAUGAGUGGUGCGGGUGGACCACCUAAGAGAGGAGCUAGAAGAGGGCCACGCAGAGGUUAUGUUGACGUAAUGAGCCAAAAGUGA